GGCGGCGCUUCUAGCCCUUCUAGCACUCAAAUCUCUUCCCUCCUCCUCCCUCACUAGGCCUGUUUCGCAAAGCGGUGGAAACUUUUGCGCUCGGAGCGUACUGCAGAAUACAGAGUAAAGUAAACCUCGGCGUGACCCAUUUCACGCCACAUGGAUCGGCGCGCGCGCGUGUGUUUAUUUCAGAUGCGCGCUAAACUCGGAUCAUGGGCGAGCAGCUCGAAGAAGUGGCCGUCGGCACGCGCGUCUCCUGCGACGGUCACUACGGCGUGGUACGCUACUGCGGACCGGUAGUCGACACCAAGGGCACAUGGCUGGGCAUUGAAUGGGAAGACCCAUACCGUGGCAAGCACAAUGGAUGCCACAAUGGUGUCCAGUACUUUCAAACAAGGUCGGAGACAGGCGGAUCGUUCAUUCGUCCGCAGAAGGUGGAGCGGACGCUGAGCGUGGCGGAUGCUGUGCGCGAGAAGUACUUCUCAACCCUAUCCGAUCUAGAGGCACCCAGCCUCAGUGAAGACCAAGAUGUGCUGCUCUUGCAGUUCACGCCGAACCGGACUGUUCAGUUUGUCGGCCCCGAGAAGAUCACCGCCAUUCUCAGCCGUGGCGAGACUAUCCGUGAGGUGGUCCUGGCAAAUAUGCCCGUGGACCGGCCUGGCAAUGAUGGUGAGCUGGCGGGCCUGGUGCCCAAGCUUCAAUGCCUGGUGCUCACACACACCAUGUUGUCGACGUGGGAACAAGUGGCACAGAUCACCCGUCAGCUGCCGUACCUGUCGGAACUGCACCUCAGCAAGAACAUGCUGGAGAUACCAAAGGAGCCGGCAGAGCUUCGGGACUACUUCCGGUCUGUUCGGCAGAUGGUCCUGCGGGGUGUUGGCUACAGCUGGGACCAGGCCCUGCAGUGUGCAGAGAUGUGGCCCUGGGUCGAGAAUCUGGUUCUGUCGCUGAACGGCAUCAGCGUUCUGCGGCCGCCACCCGAGAUGCUGUUUCAGCAGCUCGAACGCCUGUCGCUACAGGACAACCCUAUCUCCUCCUGGGAGACUGUCUGCCAUCUGGGGCAUUUGCCAAGGUUAAAAAGCCUGUCACUGGCUGACUGCGACCUGACAAGCAUCUCGUUCCCGGAUACACCGCCGGGCCAGAAAACCCCAUUGUUUGCCAACCUGGUGAUACUGAACCUUCACAACAACCGUCUUGAAGAGUGGGUCAGCAUAGCGGAGCUGAACAAGCUGGCGCGUCUGGAGGAUCUGUUUGUGAAAGGGAACCCUGUGACAGUCCGUGAGAGGCGGCACAUCUCACGCUGCCUCCUGGUGGCUCACCUGGGAAACCUGCAGCUCCUCGACAGAAUGGCGGUCACAAGAGAUGAAAGGCGUGAAGCUGGCAUCUACUACGUAAACCGGUUCUUUCCAUUGUGGGUCCAGUGUGGUGGAACUGCAGAAGGGGGCACACCUUCUCCAGAGUUCCUCCGUGAACAUCCUAGGUUCCUCAGCCUUCUCAAAACCUAUGGAGCACCGGAAACUGUGCCAGAUGGCAAAACGUCGUCAUUAAACAAGAGGGUCAUCACUGUUGAAAUUCAUGCGCCCCAGGAACCUGAUCGAGGACCAAUCAGGAAGCGCCUACCGUUGUCCAUGUCGGUGGAGAAGCUGAAAGCCCUGGUGAUGCAGCUGUUCCCUCGGAAAGGAAGCCGCUUCUGCCUUCCCUGGCAAGUCUUGAGGAAGGAAAGGAGUCAGUGCUAGACAAGGAACGCCGUGACCUCAGCUUCUAUGACAUCACCGAUGGCAGUCGCAUCUAUGUGCGUUGGUAGGGGUGCGCACGUCGUGUGUUGGGCGUGAAGUGUUUGGAACGAAGUGUUGUGAUGGCUAAAUGGGUACACUCCACUGCUGUGCUCGUGCCGUGUCAUGUAGACCAGCUACCUCGAUCACUGUUGCAAGCGCACCGUAUUCGAUGUGACAGAGCGACCCUCCAUCAUCUUUCUGUUUCGUUUAGCCUGUGAAGGCUAGUGCGUGUCAAGACGUCAUCAACCACAUCUGCCAUUUUGUUUGCUGCUA